GGAGAAAGGGGAGGAAGGAAGGAGGGGGAAAGAAGGAGAGAAGGAGGAGGAGAGAAGGAGAGGAGAGAAGUAGUAGGAGGAGGAGAGAAAGAGGAGGAGGAGGAGAGGAGGAGGCGGCGGCGCGCGCCACGGCGGCCUGGCGAGGAGCUGAGGCCGAAGAGAGCCACUGGACGCUGUGUAAGAAGACGAGCCCCCCAGCUCUGCCUGGCCCUCGGCCACCGCCCCGCGGAUGGUGAGGGGGAUCCGCGGCGGCCGCAGCCCCCUCGCGCCCGGCCCAGGCCCUAGCCCGGGCCGCCCUCCUUCCUCUGGCCCCGCAGAGGCCCCACAGCCCCGCAGGAACCAUGCCCAGAUCUUUCCUGGUCAAAAAGGUCAAACUUGAUGCGUUCUCCUCUUCUGACUUGGAGGGCCCUUAUGGCCGGGCACGGAGCGACCUCGGAACCCGGCUGCCAGAGAAAGCAGGAUACCUCAGUGACUACAUCGCCCCCCCCGUGUACGAUGCCGCAGACUCGGAUGCAUCCCUGCUCAAGGGCCCGUCCCAGGAGCCCAUGUACGCAUCGGCCGUCCGCGGAGAGCUGGGCCCGCCCGCUGCUUCGGCCCCACCGCCCACCCCGCGCCCGGAGCUGGCCACGGCGGCAGGAGGCUACAUCAACGGCGAUGCGGCGGUCAGCGAGGGGUACGCUGCAGACUCCUUUUUCAUUACCGACGGGCGAUCUCGCCGUAAGGGCGCCAGCGCAGCCUCGGCCCAAGGCGGACCCGACGGCAGUAGCGGUGCAGGAGCAGGAGGAGGAGCCGGGAGUGGGGCGGGGUCUGGGGGGCGGGGUCAACAGGCGGGCGGGGCGGGGCCGGGGUCCGAGGCGCGCUCUGGCCGGCACGCGUGCAGCGACUGCGGCAAGACGUACGCCACGUCGUCUAAUCUGAGCCGGCACAAGCAGACGCACCGCAGCCUGGACAGCAAGUUGGCGCGCCGCUGUCCCACGUGCGGCAAGGUGUACGUGUCCAUGCCAGCCAUGGCUAUGCACCUGCUCACGCACGAUCUGCGCCACAAGUGCGGCGUGUGCGGCAAGGCCUUCUCCCGGCCCUGGCUGUUGCAGGGCCACAUGCGCUCGCACACUGGUGAGAAGCCCUUCGGCUGCGCGCACUGCGGUAAAGCGUUCGCUGACCGCUCUAACUUGCGCGCACACAUGCAAACGCACUCGGCCUUUAAGCACUUCCAGUGCAAGCGCUGCCACAAGGCCUUCGCCCUCAAGUCCUAUCUCAACAAACACUACGAGUCCGCCUGCUUUAAGGGCGGCAGCAACGGAGGGGGAGCUGCGGAGGGAAGUGGGGGAGGGACCGUCAGCCCCCCGACUACGCCCGGCCCCGCCCCCCCCUCGGCGUCCUCCUCAGUGCACGGCCCGCCUCCUCUCAGCCCGCUUAGGGCCUGAGGAGGGCGUUCCCGGAGCUCCAUCCUCCCUUCAUCCCUCCGGCAGCAAUAGGGUUCUGGGAGGGGAGAGCCGGGGUCCUCACCCGUCCUCUCCGCAAUAGGGCUCCCCUCCCUUGGGAAGAGGAAGGCGGUGUAUCCUCGGAUCCUUUCCAGGCAUCUGGCUGGAAGGCAUUGGGAGGAGAGAGGUGUUCCCAACUGAUCAGCAAUAGGGUCCCCGGAAAAGAUGGCCUCCGUUCUGGCCCCCUUUUCUGGGCCCCAGGCUAGGGAGGGAGCACUCUCCACUAUUCAGCAAUAGGGUCCCCGAGGAAGGGAAAGGUGGCCUUGCCCCUGUCCCAGCUUCUGGACCCCAGGCUGGGGAGGGCGCACUUCCCCUCAAGGCAACCUCUUCUCGUCUUCAUGUCUGUCUCCCCUCUUUGGGGCCCUUGACUGGGGAAGGGGGACCCCCCCCAAGGCGACCUCUUUCCUCUCCCCCCCCCCACUUUGGGGAAAAUGGGUGAGGAGGAUUUUGUCCCUACUACUCAGCAAUAGGGUCUCCUGGGAAGGUGAAGGCAAAGUCUCUGUUCCCCCCACUUUAGGACCCCGGGUAGGAAAAGGGUGCCUCCCUCCCCGUAUCUUCUCAAUGAUAGGGCCAUAGGGAAGGCGGCUUGCCUUGAUCUCAACUAGCUUCCCCUUUCGAGACCUGGGCUGGAGAAAGGGAGCCCCUCAUUACUCAGCAACAGGGUCCCGAUAGGUGACCUCCCCUCCCUUCUGUCCUCAUUGUAGAGCAGACUAGGGAUGGGACCUGGGUAAGAGGCGUACCCAUCAUUCAGCAACAGGGUUUCCCUGGAAAGGUCCUGGCCUGUCUCCUAAAAGAAGCCCCAAGCUGGGUAAUGGAUGUGGGUGUCCCUCACUUCUUUCGGCAAUAGGGUCGCCCAGGGAAGCCCCUCUUGUCUGAAGGACCCCCAGGCUGGGGAAGUGUCACCCCCACCUCAGUGAUAGGGUCUUGGAGACAGCCCUUCCCCCAGCCACCUUAGGCCUUUACUGGCUGACGGGGAUAAAAGGAUACUGGGUUUGGUGCCGCCGUCCACCUCUUUUAAGCAAUAGGCUACCGAGGCGGCGGCGCCAUGCCUCUUGCCCUCUCCAAUAAGGACCCCUCACAGGCUGGGGACUAGGGACAUCCCAUCCCACCAUCUUAUUUCCCAGCAAUAGGGUCAAAGGGCCCUAUCCUCCCUCGGGGCCUUGCAUAGCUGGAGGAGGGGAGUGGCGGCUCCUUCUAGGGUCACAGGACCUUUCGGGUUUCCCAGUCCCUGGGUUCCUUAAGGCUGAAUACCCAGGGACCGGCCCCCUCUGCCUGCAGGCUCUGGGAGGAUUGCAGGACCCUGGAGAAAGCCUCCCCUUUGGUGGAGCCCCAGGGAGAAAGAGGGACAGGCAAGAGGGCAAUCUCCCCACAGUUCUCUAGGGAUUGGGGGAGGGGAGAUGAGGACUGGGAAGCCCCCUCCCCUCAUCUCCCUAGCUCAGACCUGGAAGGGGUCAGUUCGGACCCCGUCCUCCCUUUCCUCCACCUCAGCCCUGCCUCCGCCCACCAAAUCCGAACUCUUCCGGCCCAGCUACCUGGGUCCCCCGUCCCUGCUCCCCAUAACGAAUAAUAAUGACGCAUAUCGGAUCGCAUGGACUUAUCCGACCUUCCCCAGCCCUAGGUUCCUCCCACCCCUUCCAGCCCCAAUCCCCAAGGCAUUAAAUGUCCCUGGGGGAGGCGGGGCAAAUUGUAAUAGUGACGCUCACCUCGCCCACACCCCCCGCCCCCAUCACCUCUCAGUAUUCGCCUUGCGGGUAAAGCCCUGGGGGUUCAGGGGGGCGUCUCUUGCGCGUCGGGUUAAUUUAUUUGUUAUUUAUGUUUGUUGAUGAAUGGAUUGCACUCGGGUCGGGCAGUCCCGGCCCACGCCCUGGGCUUUUCUAAGAGAAAGUUCCUGCAAGAACUUUCUCGCCCCCACCUCCUAAGAUAGACACCCCCCCGCCCCGCCCCCCCCGCCUCCUCGGAGCUCCGCCCCUCUGGCAGCUCUUUCCCCCCACAUGCACUCUCUCGUCACCGGAGCUCCGCCCCUCCUAGAAGUCCUCCCCACACGCUCCACUCCUUCCCAGGCCUCAACUUUCAUCUCGGAGUUCCGUCCGUCAGCCCCGUCCCUCCUCGGAGCUCCACCUUCACCUCCUUACAUAGAUUUCUCCCACCCCACUCCACCCCCAGUAACUUCAUUCACGCCCCACCUUCCCCACCUCCCACUCAGUUGCCAAUUUUCGCCCGUCUAUGCCAAAGCCUCGGCGGCGACCCCGCCCCCCAGGGCCCCACCCCAUUGGCCGCCGCCGUUGUGACGUCACUGCAUGCAGCCCCGCCCUCCCUUCCUCGGGGCUGCCCCGCCCCUUGCUCCUCUCUCUCCCUUCCUUCUUCCUUCCCCUCCCCUUUUCCUCCCCUUAGAUAGUCCGAUACCGACUAUAGAGCAAUAAUGCGCACUGCAUGCGAAGCUGCCGCCGCCUCUAGUGUUACAGAGAAUCAGUCAGAAUAUCGGGACACAAACAGUAAUGGUCAGAAAGAGGUUUGAAAAACUCAAGGGGCAGGGAGGAAUCCACUCCUUCCUGUGAAAGGGAGGCAGAAAGAUGGGAAAGAAUCCCGAAGAGAUGAAAGGAGGAGAUGGCUUGGCAACAGCUUUCCUACUCUACGCAGAGCACCCAAGGGGCACUGUAGUGUGUAAUAGAAUGAGUACAGCAAAUCAGGAGAAUGGGGCUGGCUGCACUCCUAUUCUUGUCAGUCCUGGGUAUGACCUUGAGCAACUGGGCUUCCAUUUUCUCCUUUACAAAGGGAAGAGAUUGUACUAGAUGGUGUAAAAGGACCCUUCUAGCUCUGAUGUUCAGUGAUCCUUUGAUCCUAGAUCCAGAUAGAGGACAAGGAUUCUUUUUUCAGUAAUGGAUUGGACUAGAUGGUUAUUGAGGUCCCUUCCAGGCCUGAAAUUCUAUAAUGAUGUGACACUGAGCUAUAUGGAGACCCAGGGAAGACAGACACAGAGGUACGCAGAGACAUAGAGACAGGAGAGAAAAACACAUAGAAAAAGAGAAACAGAGAUUCAGAAACAGAAUUGAAUAUUAAUACAGACUUAAUCCCCUCACACACACACCCCAUUACAUACAUAGCCAUCACCCCAACUUAUUUGAGAGAUGAGGUUUCCAACUCUAGGAACCCCAGAAGGAGGGUUUGGGGGAGUGCAGGGACCUCCGCUCCUCUGCCUUAGGUUCACCCAUCAUUCCAUGAUACACCCAGGGACACAAUUGUAUAGCAGAACACAAUCACAACAUUUUCUCCCCUCACACACACCCCAUCAUAACCCUCUCCGCCAAUUACUACCAUAUACAUAGGCACAGAUAUAUGGUAAUGGAUACACAUACACAUUCAUUCAUUUACUCAACUGGUGCUUGGCUCCAGAGGGCAGAAUUAGGAGCAAAGGGGUUGCAAUCAUAGAAUGGCAGAUUUCCCUUUGAAAGGAGGAAAAAGACAUUUCUAAAGAUUAGAACUGUCCUAAGGAGAGUGGCUGCCUUGUGAAAACUGAAUUCCCUAUUACUGAAGGUCUUCAAAUGGAGUUUGCCCAGAGAUAAUCUAGAGGGGAUUUCAGCUCAAGUUCAGGCUGGGCUAAUCAAAGCUGCUGUUUCUAGAACUUUGUGGUUUACAAAGUACUUGACAUACAUACAUUGUCUUACUUGUUUUUCCACAAUAACCUUGUGGAGUAGGUACUGAAAGUGUUGUACUAGUUCUACAGGUAAAGAAACUCACACAGCUAGUAAGUGCUGGAGGUGGGAUUCACGAGAUCACCUCCUUCAAGGUCCACUGUUCACUUCACUCCAUUUACUGCUCACUCAGCUCCAAGAUUUUAUUAUCUUCAUAAAACACCCCACAGAGCCUAAGCCUGCAUUAGCUGCUAAAGGAGACAUAAAAAGAAGCUAAGAUAUGGUCCUUGCCCUCAGGGAGCUUCCAAUCCCAUUCCAUCACAGUGAUAGAGCAAGGGGGCUACACACCCACUUUCCAUACCCAAGCACAGCCAGACAGCCUUCCAGCCAGUAUGACACCCAGACAAAUGACAAGUCUCACACAGGCACACCAAUGCAGUUGUACGCAGAGGAACACACACACACACACACACACACACGCCCAGGAACACACUACCACAGUCCCACAAACAUGGUUGUACACAACACACACACACACACACAUACACACACACACACAUGUCAAACCUCCCUGGGCCCCUCCCUACCUCCCCUGUGUUCCUCCUCUGUGCUUGCACACACAUGGUCUACCUACUUACCUAAGCAGUGAGCAGGUCUCACAGCCGCUGGGCCAGGCCGGGGGCCCCCUUUCCCCAAUGCCUUGCCCCGUGUCCUACCGUGGAAAGCCAUGGGUCCCACCUUCUCUUCCCUUCCCAAGUCCCCAUCUCUGAAUCAGCACAAUAUCCCACCUUAGCAAAUUCAGGUAGAAGGAACGUGUAUAGGUAGCACCUCUGUUUUUGUACUGACUGCAACAGGCCCCGGGGCCACCCAGCGUGAAUGGGAGAGCUAGGGCUGGGAGGGGACAGGGCAGCUGUGCCCUCCCCCUGUUCCCCUCUGCAGCACAUGACUCCCUUCCCUUCCCCUCUCCUUGUAUAUACUCCCUCUGCCCUGCCCCAACAGGCUGGGAUUUUUACGUGGGCCGUCCCCCUCUCCCCCUCCGCCUGACUCCUCCUCAUGCCCCGCUUUUGGGGCUGCGGCCCGGGGGGCUUGGGGCCGGCCGGACAGACGGACGGACGGACAGACCUCCUUCCUAAGCACAAUAGCACCAGCUCCCCGGAGCACCGCACCUCCAAGAGGAGAAUAAACGCGACUCUUGAUA